GGCGUGCUCGCUGACACCGAACGGGAUGGGCACCGCGUCUCCUUCAACAGGGUGUUUGAAGAGAGGGGCUUCGACUUUGAGUGGACUGUGGAGGAGUACGGCCGCAUGUGCGAGGUUGGCGGCGGCAAGGAACGCAUGACCGCCUACUUGAACGGCUUCAACGGCCGCCGCGGGUGCGUCCGGCGGGCUGCCACGGAGGAGGCUGCUCGAGCCUUCCUCUCUGGCCGCGCCCUGUGGCUCUCCGCCCCUCUCCUCGCCCAGGAGCUGAUCGGCUCAGGGGUCGUGCCACUGCGACCCGGCGUCCUGCGCGUCGUCGACGAGGCCAUCGCCGCCGAGGUACCGCUCGCCGUUUGCUCGACCAGCAACGAGGCCGCCGUCCGCACGCUCGUCGAGACACUCAUGGGUCCGGAGCGCUAUGCGCGUUUCUCCUUUUUUUGUGGCGACGUCGUGCCGCGCAAGAAGCCGCAGCCGGAUGUCUACAACCUCGCCGCGCAGGAGAUGGGGCUCGACAAGUCGGAGUGUGUGGUUAUCGAGGACUCCGGCAUCGGCAACCAGGCCGCCAAAUCGGCGGGGAUGGCGUGCCUCGUCACCAAGAGCACCUACACAGAGGAGGAGGACUUUUCUGGUGCUGACCGCAUCGUGUCUGAGCUCGGUGAGCCG